GCGCGCUAAGGGGCAGAGCACCGGCAGCAGGUGGGCGCGGUGCGGGCUGGCGGCGGCGGGCCGGGGGCUGCCGGGCGGCGCUCGGGCCGGACGCGGCCGGCCGUGGGGAGCGCCAUGGACUUCAACAUGAAGAAGCUGGCGUCGGACGCGGGCAUCUUCUUCACCCGGGCCGUGCAGUUCACAGAGGAGAAAUUCGGCCAGGCCGAGAAGACCGAGCUUGAUGCCCAGUUUGAGAACCUUCUGGCCCGGGCAGACAGCACCAAGAACUGGACGGAGAAAAUCCUGAGGCAGACAGAGGUGUUGCUGCAACCCAACCCCAGUGCCCGAGUGGAGGAGUUCCUGUAUGAGAAGCUGGACAGGAAGGUGCCCUCGAGGGUCACCAACGGGGAACUGCUGGCUCAGUACAUGGCAGAGGCGGCCAGUGAGCUGGGGCCCACCACGCCCUACGGUGAGCCAGUCCCCACAGCCAGG